UGAUAUUGCUCAGCACUGCUCCUUGUCUUCUCCCAAACCCUAAAAAUCUCAACUUUUUCGCGAAAUCAAAACCGUCUCGAUGUCGUUCAGGAGUCUAAUCCAAGACAUGAGGGACGAGAUCGGGAGCAUCUCGGGAAAGGGUUUCGAUGUCAAGCUCGAUCUCGAUCUCAUCGCUCGUCGUCGAGAGCUUCUGAGGGACGUGCUGACGAGGAUCGAGGAGUCGGAGAGCUCGUGGCCGAGGAGGAGAGAGGUGGUUGCUUGCGCUGGGGUCUGUAGGAGUUGGAGAGAGAUCUUGAAGGAGAUUGUUAAGAUUCCUGAGUUUGAGGGGAGAAUUACGUUCCCAAUCUCUUUGAAGCAGCCGGGACCGAGGGAUUUUCCUAUGCAGUGUUUCAUUAGAAGGAACCGGACGAACCAUACGUACAGUCUUUACCUCGGUUUAACUCAAGCACUGACGGAUGAUGGCAAAUUUCUUCUUGCUGCACGUAAGUGCCGAAGAGCUACUUGUACGGACUAUAUCAUCUCACUAGAUGCAGAUGACAUAUCGAAGGGAAGUGGUACUUACAUUGGAAAGCUGCGAUCAAACUUGUUGGGCACCAAAUUUACAGUAUACGAUGCUCAGCCUCCAUAUGCUGGGGCUGUUAUUGCAAAAAGUUGCUCCACUCGUCUAGUAAGUUCGAGACAAGUCUCUCCAAGAGUUCCUGCUGGGAACUACCCAGUUGCCCACAUUUCUUAUGAGUUGAAUGUCUUAGGUUCCAGAGGUCCUAGGAGAAUGCAGUGUAUCAUGAACUCUAUCCCAGCCUCAGCAAUUGAACCCGGAGGAACAGCACCUACUCAGGCCGAGUUCCUUAUCAACAGCCUCGACUCCUUUUCAUCUAUGCCAUUCUUCAGAUCAAAAUCAUCUCGGUCACAAAGCACCUCUGGGUCUCUUUCUGGUCUGGAGGAGGGAAUCUUAGUGUUGAAGAACAAAGCUCCAAGGUGGCAUGAGCAGUUACAAUGCUGGUGUCUGAAUUUUAGAGGAAGAGUGACGGUCGCAUCUGUAAAGAAUUUUCAGCUGGUGGCUUCGGAGGAAAAUGGAGCAACUGGCCAAGAGCAAGAUAAGGUUAUUCUUCAAUUUGGAAAAGUUGGAAAGGACUUGUUUACAAUGGACUUUCAGUAUCCUAUAUCGGCUUUCCAGGCAUUUGCUAUCUGCCUCAGUAGUUUCGAUACCAAAAUUGCUUGUGAGUAAAAGCAAAGCCAAAUCUCAAAGAAUCUGUUGAUGCCGCCAUCUGAUUAAAGAACAAGGAGAAUGUAUGAUGCAGUCGUGAAUAGAGAUGCGGAAUAUAGUUGCCUCAAUGGGUUUCUUGUUGCUUUUGUACACUAUGUUUAUCCAUUGAUGUAUAUAAAUUUUCUGGUUUUAUAACACUUGGCUUCAGUCACGGUUAGGACGGCAGAGCACAAUUUAAUUUAUAGAGUUUAUUUGGUUUGAUCGACGAAAAUUGUUUGACGGGAAGUUUUUACUGUAUGUAAAUUGCGCUGCCUUAGAGUGAAUGUGUUGUAACUUUGAGCUGGUUUACGUCAAUAGAUGACGCGGAAGGAUUUCUACAUGUUCAUUCUUAUGUAGCUACAAAUGUAAACUUUUUUUUUUUGUAGCAACUUUGUUUCAGCAGUUUAGUGGCUGUUUGGUUGUA